AUGGUCAGUCUUCAACAAAAGCAAAUACUUGUGAGUGUCGAGAAAGAGGUGGUCACCAUAACUCUAAAUAGACCGGAGCGUGGAAAUUCCUUAAACACUUCCAUGAUCUUUGAAUUUCUCGAUGCUUUUAACUCUGCAGUAGCAAAUCACUCCGUACGUGUCAUUGUUCUGACAGGAGCCGGUAAAUUUUUUUGUACAGGGCUAGAUUUACAGGUUGGAAAGAAUUCAGCAGAAGACGCCUCCAGUAUGUUCGACAUAGGAAUUCGUUUAUAUCAAACCAUAAAAGAAUGUCCAAAACCCGUGAUUGCAAAGAUAAAUGGACCAGCAAUGGGAGGUGGAUUUGGCCUGAUAUUCACAACAGAUUUAAGAAUCGCCGUGAGCAAUGCUUAUUUUUCCUUUCUCGAGGUUAAAAGAGGUCUCAUUCCGGCCAUAAUCUCAUUGUACAUAGUACCGGAACUUGGCACGUUUAAAACGAAGCAAUACAUGUUAACAGGUGAAAGGAUUACGGCCGAUGAAGCUGUUUCAGAUAAGUUUUUGACUUGUACUGUUAAGGAUCUAAAAAAUUUGGAUGAUAAAGUGGCUCAAUGCGCUGAAGAACUUUUGUCUAGUGCGCCUA